AUGGGGAACGCGGAGAGCAUGGAGAGCCAGCUGGCGGUGAUCCGGUCGCGCGCGGCGCCGGUUCGACUCCCGAUGCCGGACCCUGCCGAACUGGAGGAGAGAUUCUCUAUCGCGCUGAACUCGAUGAACCUCCCUCCUGACAAGGUGCGGCUGCUGCGUUGCUAUGACAACGAGAAGAAGUGGGAGCUGAUAUGUGACCAGGAGCGGUUCCAGGUGAAGAACCCCCCCCACACCUACAUCCAGAAGCUGCGAGGCUUCCUGGACCCGGCUGUCACUCGCAAGAAGUUCAGGAGGAGGGUUCAGGAGUCGACUCAGACGCUCAGAGAGCUGGAGAUCUCCCUCCGCACCAACCACAUCGGGUGGGUGAGGGAGUUCCUGAAUGAGGAGAACCAGGGUCUGGACGUGCUGGUGGAGUACCUGUCCUUCGCUCAGUACGCCGUCACGUUCGAUGGCGAGCAGUCGGAGGCCGGAGGCGAGUCGUCGUCCAUCGACUCUCCGUGGAGUCGCUCCAUAGAAGAUCUCCAUGGCGACUGCAGCCUCCCCUCCCCCUCGUCCUCCGUGCCCCGAGCGUCACGCCACUCCAUCAGCUCCACCCUGGUCACUCGCUCUAACACACUCCCCAGCCGCCGGACGCUGAAGAACUCCCGUCUGGUGUGUAAGAAGGACGACGUUCAUGUGUGUAUCAUGUGUCUGCGAGCCAUCAUGAAUUACCAGUACGGCUUCAACAUGGUGAUGUCACAUCCUCACGCCGUCAACGAGAUCGCCCUGAGUCUGAACAACAGGAACGCCAGGACGAAGGCUCUGGUGCUGGAGCUGCUGGCUGCAGUCUGUUUGGUCAGAGGAGGACAUGAGAUCAUCCUGUCGGCCUUCGACAACUUCAAGACUGUGUGCUCGGAGACGAUGCGCUUUGAGAAGCUGAUGGAACAUUUCAAGAACGAAGACGACAACAUCGACUUCAUGGUGGCCUGCAUGCAGUUCAUCAACAUCGUGGUUCACUCGGUGGAGGACAUGAACUUCAGAGUCCACCUGCAGUACGACUUCACCAAACUGAACCUGGACGAGCACCUGGAGAGGCUGAAGCACACGGAGAGCGACAGGCUGCAGGUGCAGAUCCAGGCGUACCUGGACAACGUGUUCGACGUCGGGACGCUGCUGGAGGACGCCGAGACCAAGACCGCCGCCCUGGAGAGGGUGGAGGAGCUGGAGGAGAACCUGGCUACUAUGUCGGAGCGGCUGCUCGACGUGGAGAACGAGGCGAUGCUGAAGAUCGUGGAGUUGGAGAAGCAGCUCAUGCAGACCAACAAGGAGCUGGACCAGCUGCGGGACGUGUACGCCAGCGCCAACUCCCAGGUGCACACGCUGCGGCGCAUGGUCCGCGAGAAGGACCAGACCAUCCGGCGGCAGAGCCGUCUGGAGCGCCAGGCGCACGAGGCGCAGGCUGGCCCCGCCCCCCAGCCGCAGAGGGGCGAGGGCGACGGGGGCGUGGCCGAGUCCGCCUCGCCCUCGCCCCCGCCCUGCGCCACCCUCUCGCCCAGCCCAGAGACGGUGGCCUAUCACAGCAUGGGACCAGGAGUGGGCGGAGCUCCAGGCAUGCCGGCCCCACCCCCUCCCCCUCCUCCUCCGCCGAUGCCGGGCGGCGUUUCCAACGGGCCGUACCCCGCCCCUCCCCCUCCUGCCCCGCCCCCGCCCCCUCCGCCCCCCCCCCCCCCCUGCCGGACCAGUGAGCUCUCCUCUUCCUCCGUGCCCAUGCCCCCCCCUCCUCCCCCUGUGGCCCCGCCCCUCCCCGGCUCGGGGGGGUCGCCCACCGUCAUCUUCAACUCCGGACUGGCAGAGGGUCCACUCAAGCUGUUCUCGGUGAAGAUCAAGAAGCCGAUCCAGACUAAGUUCAGGAUGCCGGUGUUGAACUGGGUCGCUCUGAAGCCCAGUCAAAUCAACGGGACGGUCUUCAACGACAUCGACGACGAGACCAUCCUGCAGGAGCUGGACGUGGAGCAGUUCGAGGAGCUGUUCAAGACGAAGGCCCAGGGCCCGGCGGUGGACGUGACCCUCAGCAGGCAGAAAGCGCCUCAGAAAACUCCGUCCCGAGUUUCCCUGCUGGAGGCGAACCGAGCCAAGAACCUGGCCAUCACCCUGAGGAAGGCCGGCCAGGGGUCAGAGGUCAUCUGCCGCGCCAUCCAGACGUUCGACCUGCGGGCGGUGCGCGUGGACUUUGUGGAGUGUCUGAUGCGUUUCCUGCCCACCGAGGCGGAGGUGAAGCUGCUACGGCAGUACGAGAGGGACAGAAAGCCCCUGGAGGCGCUGAGCGACGAGGACCGCUUCAUGAUGCAGUUCAGCCGCAUCGAGAGGCUCAACCAGCGCAUGUCCAUCAUCACCUUCAUGGGCAACUUCACCGACAACCUGCAGAUGCUCACCCCGCAACUCCACGCCAUCAUCGCCGCCUCCGUCUCCAUCAAGUCCUCACAGAAACUGAAGAAGAUCCUGGAGAUCAUCUUGGCUCUGGGAAACUACAUGAACAGCAGCAAGAGAGGAGCGGUGUACGGCUUCAAACUGCAGAGCUUAGACCUGCUCCUGGAGACCAAGUCCACAGACAGGAAGCAGACGUUGCUUCACUACAUCGCCAACGUGGUGAGAGAGAAAUAUCCUGCCGUGGCUCUGUUCUACAACGAGCUGCACUACGUGGACAAGGCCGCCGCAGUGUCUCUGGAGAACGUGCUGCAGGAUGUGAAGGAGCUGCAGCGCGGCAUGGAGCUCACCUGGCGGGAGUUCAGCGUGCAGCACAACGCCACGCUCAAGGACUUCAUCAGCAGGAACGAGUCACGACUCAGCAAACUGCAGGAGGACGCCCGCAUCGCCCAGGAUGCGUUUGACGAGGUGGUGAAGUUUUUCGGGGAGAGCGCCAAGACGACUCCGCCCUCCGUCUUCUUCCCCGUCUUCGUUCGCUUCAUCAAAGCCUACAGGCUGGCUGAGGAGGAGAACGAGCAGAGGAGGCGUCAGGAGCAGAUGCUGCUGGAGAAACUGGAGCAGGAGGAGCAGGACCAGGAGGAGACCAAGUCUCCGUCUCACCGGGGGAAGCGGCAGCAGCAGGAGCUGAUCACUGAGCUGAGGAGGCGCCAGGGCAAAGACAGCCGCCACGUCUACGAGGGCAAGGACGGCGCCAUCGAGGACAUCAUCACAGUGCUGAAGACCGUCCCGUUCACCGCCCGCUCCGCCAAACGCAGCUCCCGCUUCUUCUGUGACCCCGCCCACUCCGAGGAGCACUACUGA